GAAACCCUACUCUCCGCCUCUCUUUCCAGUGCCCGCCGCCGUGCGCUCGUUCGCCCCUCUCCCUUUGUUUGCGACGACUGGUUAGGCUACCGACGAGCCGCCGCCCUACGCCAGGUGACGAGUCCUUCGGCGAUAACUUUGCCGGCGAAGAGCGCCCACCAGAUCAAUCCCUGCUGAAAACGCACUCGAUGGCCUCCGCGACGGGGGGUUCCUCCUCGGAGAUGGCGGUGGACCACCCGACGGGGCCGGGCGCCGUGGAGAAGCCGCAAUUCGAUGCUCUGAUGCCGAGUGAGAUGAGCGGCGGGAGGCCCCAGUUCCGAAAAGUGACCGUGCCGCAGCACCGGUUCGCGCCGCUCAAGCGAUGCUGGAUGGAAAUCUACACGCCCGUGUACGAGCACAUGAAGAUCGACAUACGCAUGAACCUCAAGGCAAGGAGGGUGGAGCUAAAGACAAGACAAGAUACACCAGAUGUGAGCAACCUUCAGAAGUGUGCUGACUUUGUGCAUGCUUUUAUGCUUGGGUUUGACAUUGCUGAUGCCGUCGCCUUGCUGCGUCUUGAUGACCUCUAUGUGGAUUCCUUUGAGAUCAAGGACGUGAAGACCCUGCGAGGGGAGCAUCUGUCGCGUGCUAUUGGCCGCCUAUCAGGGAAAGGAGGCAAGACCAAGUAUGCCAUUGAGAACUCUACCAGGACCCGCAUCGUUAUCGCUGAUACAAAGAUCCAUAUACUUGGAUCCUUUGUUAACAUCAAGGUUGCGCGGGAUUCGCUUUGCAGUCUCAUCUUGGGUUCUCCUGCUGGCAAAGUGUAUUCGAAGCUAAGGGCUGUAUCAGCUAGGUUGGCGGAAAGGUAUUAAAUUAAAUGGGUUUUGCUCGCACCAUGUAAUGGUUGCAAUUUUGAUCACACAAUAUGUGGUUAUAGUAGCUGAUUUGUGUGCUCGGGGGAGUGGGACAGUUUAUUGUAUCCUUAUGAAGAGCGUACUUUGAUGCUGGGAUAUUUAAAUUGGUAUCUAUGCCGUGUGUGCUCUUGUGCUUGUUGGUUUGCUGCUUAUUGCA